CCCAGCGGACCCGGACCCGCCACAUUUGCAGCGGCGGCGGCAGCAGCAGCAGCAGCAGCAGUCAACCCUUGACCGCCUCUGUGUGGCUCCAGGAGUGUCCUUUAUGUUGUGCGAAAGGGCGUUUUGCUUUACAUAAAGCCCCCCUACUUCUGUUGGCCCUCGUUUCCUUCCCCCCCUCGACUUCAGAGCGGCGUCCGUACAGGAUCUGCGACGCGCAGCGAGCAUCAGGAUGUCGGAUUUGUCCGUGAACGACCACCUUGAGGGGAUAUUAUCGGAUUUUGAAGCACUGAAGCAAUCCUUUGAAAUUGAAGAUGUGGAUGACAUCCCAGCCUCACCUAUCUCUUCGCCCAUCUCCCCCACCUCCUCCCUCCUUCUACUCAACCACAACAAAGACAUUGAGGGGAGAGGAGGUGUGCAGUCAGCAACAGCAGCCUUCAACAACUACACCUCCAGCUCUGCUGCGUACCAAUCUCGCAUCAACAUGGCUUCCAGUCCCAGCCCCAUGCUUAAGUCACGCACGGUGGUCACUAGUCUGUCCUUCAAUCGUGGCACCAUGAACAAACCUGCAAUCAACAACAAUAACAGUACAUCUGGGGUCACCCGAGCUGCAUCCUUCCAGAACCGGUUUAACCCGAAUGGGUAUUUCUCCUCCACCCUUUCUGGGCCUGGCAGCGAUGAUGACAGCCUCCACAGCUCCUCAUCCAGCCUGGAGUAUUCUGGCAGUAGUGGAGGAGUGCUCCCUUUGGCCAAACCUGGGCCUUUCCACAGCCCACCAGCUUUGGGUGAGUUUCAUCGGCCUCCACCCCAACUCAAGCAGCAGCAGCCCAGAGUGGAGCAACAGCACCUGGGGAGGGAGGUGGGCCUGCAAAGUAAUCAUACCCUAAAGAAAUUCUCCUCCCAUGGUAGUGUUUUCCAUUCUGAAAUGGAGGUUGGUCCUGGCAUGGCAUUGGGAAAUGUUCCCGAGCCACGUGGGAUGAGCCAUGGAUCCAUGCCCAGCUUAGACUUACAAAUUGGGGAUGGAGGAGGGAGGAUGGUGGCUAUACAGAAAGGAGGAGGUGGGAUGUCUCCAGGCUUGAGGUGUGCCAGUGCCAAUACCAACUGGAACACUCAUUUGCAUAAUACCAGGGCUUCGGGAAAAGAAGGCAACUGUAGCUCCAACAAUCAAUACCAGCAAGAGGGCCCUCAACCACCUCAGGUCCCUCAGCCCAAGGCCAAAGAGAUCCCACGCCUCAACAAGUUCCCUUUGGACCUGGACAACUUGGUGAGCAGUGUCUCUACCACUUCCACCACCAAACCUCAAGUUGAAGUCCUGAGUCCCAAAACCAAUCGCCUCAAACCACCUCCAGCGAGCACGGGAGGCCCCCAGUACCCCCCCAGUCCCUCCUCUGCCUCUGCCUCAGCCAGCCCCUCCCCUUCUCUCAGCAGCUUGGACAGCCCCUCUGAAACACCCCUACUUUCUUUUCACCACCCCUUCUCACCUUUCUCUCAGCUUUCUCAGAUUCCCUCCCAGGGUGCCAUCCCUGUCCCCGAAGUGAGCCAUUCUCCUGUGUCACUCUCCCCAGCCCAGACUCCCCAUCUGGAGCCGCUUUCUAGGCCACAGGGGGUCAGUGUGGCAGCCGCUAGCCCUGGCCCCUCAGGUUCUGGCCCCUUUCCAGUGAGGCUUCUGGAGGACACCCAAGAUGAGGCAAGAGAAAGCGUGGGCUCCAUCUUACAAAGGAUUGCCUCCUUUUCUCGGCCUGCUGCCACUGACAUCUCCCCAGCAACUAAGACCACAUCUCCCAGGACCCUCAGCAAUGGUAUGAAGAGAGACGCCAGUGUGUCGCCUAAGCCGGAGCAUCAAGACACUGCAGUAAUGGAACCCACACCUAUUCAGAGGCAUUGGAAGAAUAACAAAGAAGGCUCAACGAGAGCACUGGAGAUGGACGCCCCUGGCCUGGUAGAGGAAAGAAUGAGGAAGGAAGGAGCCGAAAGAGAAGAGAAAGGAAAUGGUGAGACCGAGGAAUGGACACCCACAGACGUGACUCCCAGCAUUAACACCCCAAACCCUGCCCGAGAAGAAGAGGAGGAGAAGUCCCCGGGAGUGAAAACGGAGGAGGAAACAGGGAUGGAAGAGGCGUGCGGUAACAGAGAGACAGAGGUGGAGACAGAGAUUACUCUGGCCAGCACAGUGUGCCAGUCCGUGCCAAGCUCCCAGAUGGACACCAUCAGGGGCAGUGACCUGUUUGGCUAUGUGGGCAUUGAAGCCGUGCUGGAUCAGAUGAGACGCAAAACAAUGAAGACCGGCUUCGAAUUCAAUAUCAUGGUUGUAGGUCAGAGUGGAUUGGGGAAGUCGACCUUGGUCAACACUCUGUUCAAGUCCAAAGUGAGCCGAAAGUCCUGCACUCCCAACUAUGAAGAGAAGAUCUCUAAGACAGUGAAACUAGAGUCCAUCAGCCACAUGAUCGAGGAGAAGGGGGUGAAGAUGAAGCUGACAGUGAUCGACACCCCAGGGUUUGGAGACCAGAUCAACAAUGAAAACUGCUGGGAGCCUAUAGUGAAGUACGUCAAUGAGCAGUAUGAGAAGUACUUGAAAGAGGAGCUGCACGUCAAUCGUAAGAGGAGGAUCCCUGACACACGUGUCCACUGCUGUGUCUACUUCCUUCCUGCUACUGGACAUCGGUUACGUCCCAUCGACGUCGAGUUCAUGAAGAGGUUAGGGACAAUAGUGAGCAUCGUGCCAGUCAUCGCCAAAGCUGACACGCUCACCAUCGAGGAGAGACAAGAGUUCAAGCAGAGGAUAAAGCAGGACCUGUUGGCCAAUGGGAUCCGUGUCUACCCUCAGAAAGCAUAUGAUGAGGAUGCAGAGGACCAUAUUCUUAAUGAGAGGAUCAGGGAAAGUAUUCCAUUUGCAGUUGUGGGCACCGACAAAGAACACCAGGUGAAUGGGAACACCGUGUUGGGCCGCAAAACAAAGUGGGGAAUUAUUGAAGUUGAAAAUGUUGCACAUUGUGAGUUUGCCAACCUGAGAGAUCUGCUUAUCAGGUCUCACCUGCAGGACCUGAAAGACGUGACCCACAACAUCCACUAUGAGACGUAUCGCGUGCGGCGGCUGAACGAGAGCAACAUUAACCUCAAUGGACUGCUACCUUCCCCCCAUCCAGUGGAGAACGGAAAAGCCGAUGUCAGCGAGUCGGAGAGCCACCUCUGAUGGCCAGGAGGAGUUGUGUGCAGAACAGCGACCCAGAUCCCUCCCACGGUCUCCCGUUUGUUGCGGCUGCAGGUGGAAAGAGUCCCCGUUACCUUGUCUUCCAACCAGAACGAGAGAGAGAAAAAGAGAAGUUGAGACGGAGAAACAGCUGGAACCCUUUUUUUGCCCCAUAAUGGAGAGAUGAUUUUUUUUUUCCUGUUUUGGGACCAACUAGUGGAUUUUUUUUUUUCGUAAAUUAGAAAUUCUAUUGAGAUGUUAUGCAAAACAAUAAUGCGUUAAAGCAUCAAAUAUGAAUAUGUUUUUGCGAAAGUAAGUAUAUGUUUUCUGGAAGGAUGCCGCCACACACACACAGGGCAUCGUGAAAGUGGGGAGCCGACGGCUGGGGACUCCAGCAUGGUCUCGGCUAGAACGAUCCUCUGUUGUUUGCGUCCUCAUGCUAAAAUGUCCCAGCAUGGCCGUGACCUGAUGUUGUUGUAAGCCGGAGCGAUGCAUGAGGACCGCUCCGCGCCCAGAAUUUUGUCGUACACUGAAACCGACAAUGUGACCAAGAAGUAAGGAAAAUAGCUACGGUAAAUACAGAAAGCAAAUCCACCCAUUUCAACGCGCUAACACUUUUAUGUGGAAAAAUGAUAAAAAGGAAAAAAAAUUAUAUACGAUUAUUACUUUCUUUUCCAAACGCUGCCCUGUUUAUAUUUUAAUAUACGUGUCUGAAUAUAUAUCAAAAAGUACUCGAUGAGCUCCUGAUCUGAAGUGCUGAAAAUUUUUGCUCAUAGUGACCUUUACUGUCGCGUGCGGAGGUGCGUUAACGCCACAAUGCAACGCCACGCUUAAAUGUGAUUCUGUGUAUCUCUUUCAGAGGACGCCUGCCUUUCUGAUCACGUGCUGGUCAAAUGUAGCUCUUUGUAAUGUCUCCCACAGGGACAAAGAACAACCAUCUGGAACAUUCUGACUUGAGUUAUUGACGUUACUGAUGUUACGUUGGGGCAUUUAGAUGUCAGACGUUCAGACUAAAUGUUAAGAGUUCAGUGGACACACCUGUAGCAUGUAACACUCCUUACAUUUUAAUGUCAUUCAGCUCUUAAACCACAAACACACACAUGCAGAUGCACACACACACAACACACACACAUGCACACACUGAUAAUAAAGUAAAAAAGCAUCUUCCUCAUCAGUUAGCUGAUCUACCAUUAGUAUAUGUGAAUACACGGGGAGUUCAGUCACCGGGGGUCAUUUGGGACCACUCAAACCUGGGAAUAAUAAUUCUCAUGAAACAGUCUUUUUUUUAAAUAAUUUUUACUAUCUUCUAGUAAAAGGUUACAAUGCUGGAUUUGCUAAUAAAAGAUUAUUUUUGGUUAAUAACAGCUUGUGAGCGGUCUAGUGAGUGACUGUAGAUAGCCUGGCUAUUCGUGUCAGGUGGUAGGAUAACGUCGAGGGGCCUUUUUUUCAAUGAAGCGAGGACGAGAGCUGUUUGGCAAAAAAUAUAGAGGCUUUUCCAAAACGGUGACUCCACCACCACCACCACCACCGUUAAGAGUUUGCCAGGAUGCACAGCUGGGUGAGAGCAUCACGUGGACACUUUCCAUUGGCGACACCCAGAAGUACUAAAAUGAGCUUUCACUUAGUCGUGUUGUAAUGCGAAGACAACACUCCACUUUGAUCUUAAUAAAGCACAGUUGGCUCUAGCGCCACCUAUAUGGUGUGUAUUUCUUCAUAUCUCUGCUGUAUGGAAUGUACACGUGGGACCCAUCAGUCUGAAAAAGCAGUUUAACACCAAAUGAAGGAUUGGAAAGCUAACUGCCUGACACCAUCUAAGAGAGAUAACUUUGUGUUACUUUCCAGGGAUUUAAGAGAUAUGUGACACUAACAACAUAUUUAAUACAGCUAACUUUACUUGGGUAAAGAUGUCUCCACUUGACCUGCUCUCCUAAUAUGCUUGUUAGCACUGACGGUAUUUCUGAUGGAGAACAAUGGGGGCAGCGUCCUCAUUGAUGGAUCCACUUGUUAUAUCAGUGUGUAAUAUGAACAUUGCUUUGCCAAAGUGACUAUGGCACUGUAAAGCUUCUCUCUACUGUUUACUUCCUGUUUCCCGAGCUAUAUUCACGCCGUUUGAAUAAAGGGCUCCACCGGG